CACCAAAUCCUUCCCUCCGAUGUCCUCCCUCUCCUCCCCUGUUCCUAGAGCCGCCGCGCCGACGCGAGGAAGGAGCGAAGCAAGAGAAUCUCACCUCACCUCACCACCACCCUCCCCCCGCGGACGCAGUCAACGCGGGAGCCGCAGCCUCGUCUCCUCCCCACCUUCCCGUCGCCGUCGGCGCCGCUGCCACCGCACCGGCGCGGUGCGUACCGGGUCCGCGGGCCUCUCGCGAAGGCACCCGAUAAGCCGCCUCCACCUAUAAUAAACGAGCAAACAAGGCAGGCGACAGCAGGAACCGCGCCGGCCGGCCGAAUCCACCGAAGCGCGCCCCCAAUCUCAUCUGGCCGCCUGCCCGACACGCUGGGAUCUUCCUUUCCUUAGCCUAUCGGUCAACGCCGCGGAUUUUAUUCCUCUUCCCCUCUUCCCCUUCCUUCCUUUCCUUCCUUCCCCCGGGGCUCCGGAGGUUUCCGUAAACCCGUCGUCCGUCGCCGCGCGCCCCCCUCUUCUUUCUCGCAGGUAUCGACGACCAACUCCUUCAUUCCUACGUCCCUCAGCACAGCAGCGACCAAAUUGGGAUUUUUGGGGGCAUUCGGAUUGUGCAUCAGUUUGCUGCCUUUGAGCAUUUGGUACCUGGUCGGCUGGACUCGAGGAGUUCUGCUUAAGGAACUCCUCUGUGAGGUUUCCUUGGAUUAUGGGAGCUUUCUGUUCUUGCCUGCAACCCGAUUAUUCCGACGACCAUGGGAACCACACGUCCUCGGCGUUUAGGAACUGUGUGUGCCUCAGAUGUUUUACCCAGCAGCUCAUCAAUGCGUACACUGUUUUAUUCCGAGCUGGAGCAGUUCAUUCUGUAUCUCAAGCUAUAGAAGCCACUCCUGUUGAUUCAGCUGAAAGUUCCUUUGAUACAUAUCGUUCACCCCCAAGACCGCUGCCCUAUGAUGAUCCACGAUUUUCACCUCCUGCUCGUAACUGGUUAAGGCAUGAAACCCCAAGCCAUUCCCCAGAGGAGUCAGAACCACUUCGAGCAAAUGAUGAUGAGGAGGAAAUGGAGACACCAAGUAGAAUAGACAAGGCAAGUAAAACAAACUAUGACACAAAAAUGAAGAUAUGCAGCUCUGCUUAUGGAGAUAAGGUGCCACCCAAGGAACAUGGAAGUUACUUUAGCUACUUUUCCCCAACUGCUGAAGAUGAAGAUGUCUGCCCAACCUGUCUUGACGAUUAUACUUCUGAGAAUCCUAGGAUAGUAAUGCAGUGCUCACACCAUUUCCACCUUGGCUGUAUUUAUGAAUGGAUGGAAAGAAGUGAGGCAUGCCCUGUAUGUGGAAAGAAAAUGGAAUUUGACGAGACAACUUAAUCAUCUGGCUGGAGUCUACAUCUUGGAUUAACAACCUCAUAUGGCGGUCUGAAAACACAGGUGGUCUAGCCGCAGCAAGCUCUCUGUAAAUACACCCUGUAAAUAUUGAAUCGGUAUUGCGCUCUUUGCCAUACCAGUGUUCUUGAAAUUCUGGAUCGGUGCACAUAGACAUUCUUUUACGAUUUCUUCCAAAUAGUCAGAAGGUGAAGGUUUCCCCUUCACCUGUCUGCGCCCCUGCCUCGACAAGGCUUAGAGGCGCUGUGUUUCUCGGUGAUAGCAUCAUCGGAAAGCUGUAAAUUCACGACCUAUGUUGAUAUAAUCAUAUGAAGGCCCACGGUUCGGUUCUGGUGGUGGUUGCAAUAAUUAUUUGGCUUCGGAUAA